CAUUCUGAUUUCAUUGGUGCAUCCAGAGCCAUAUUUAAACAGGCCUACAGCUCUGGUGCACCUGUCGUUGCAGGCCAUCUUUUCUCGGACGGUGAUGGUCCGUACAAAAUGUCAUAGUCAGACGAUGCUUGCAAGGCUACCCAACCACAUAGCGCUGGGUGGCAAAACUGACGUUUCUUGAAGGUGCAGCAAUUAAAUUCAGGGUGAGGCGUCAUGGCGAGUCGUCAGGCAAACACCACGCUACUACCAGCUAAAGCACUUGUUGCUGCUGCGCAGAGCCACUGCGCAUCAUAGGCGACAGAGUGGCCGAAUUGCCAAUAGGAAAGUAUUGGACCUAAUUUUCUGAACAUAAUUAACAAUGAAAAAACAAAUAGUAACCCAAAAAAUAUUGUACGGUACAAUGAGUUUACAACUCAAUUAUAGUGGCAAUGGCAGUUCGGAGCGGGAGGACGCGGGAGGAACUGAUGAAACAGGUGAACACGACUUUGCGCUUCUAAAAACUGGAGUUUUGGGAUUGAUUUUUGUCUUAGCCACAUGUGGGAAUUUGUGCCUUCUGCAUGCACUUUGGAGGAAGCGCAAGAUGAAUACAAGGACCCAUCUGUUCCUUCUGCACCUGUGCUUCGCGGACCUAGUGGUCGCUUUCUUCCAAGUCCUACCGCAGCUCUGCAUGGAGAUUACACACCGGUUCCGAGGCUCAGAUUUCGUCUGUARRUCGGUGAAAUAUCUUCAGGUGGUUGGGAUGUUCGCCUCCACAUACAUGAUAGUGGCCAUGACCAUAGAUCGGUACCAUGCGGUCUGCAAACCCAUGGUGUCGUUCUUGAAGAGUUCCUUUAAGAGGUACGUCGCCAUAGGCGCAGCGUGGCUGAUCUCUCUGGCUUUCAGCACUCCGCAACUCUUCAUCUUCUCUCUCCAAGAACUACAGGACAACCUGUAUGAUUGUUGGGCGACAUUUAUCGAACCUUGGGGUUCUAAGAUAUACAUCAGCUGGAUCACUUUAUCRGUGUUUGUUCUCCCGGUUAUCAUCUUGCUGUACUGCCAGRUUAAAAUAUGCACGGGGAUAUACUUCAACAUGAAGAGAAAGGCGCUCCAGGCUUCCACGAGCGACAGGCGCACGGGCACCAAAGGGGUCUCGAGCGCGAUGUUGAAGACGGUCAAAAUGACAUUCGUCAUCAUUAUGGUCUACUCGAUAUGCUKGAGCCCCUUCUUUGUGGUCCAGUUGUGGUCUGCAUGGAGUCCCAGUACAGCGCCCACAAAUGGUCCACUGUUUGUCAUCAUCAUGCUGCUUGCCAGUCUAAACAGCUGUACCAACCCCUGGAUCUAUCUUUACUACAGCUAGGAGACACUAUGUUGGACUAGCUCUGGUCCAGGCGCUACUUUCAGCUUCACAGAAGGCUCAGCAUCAGCAAGCCACACAUAACACCAUGGACCAGAGCUAUUGAUGGACCAUAUGGGCAGUAUGGAAACUCCCCCUACUCCACUGCUUCACCUUCUACUGUAUAUCGCAUUUCUUUGAUGUCAUUGAAGACCCAUGGUUUAGACACAUGUAAAUAUAUGUAAAUAUCCUCGUUGAUUCAACAUCAAUAUUGGUAUGUCAASCCGGCCAUUUUAGCUCUCAGCGGUAAGCAAAUGUAAUGUAUAUUCUUUCAAGCUAAUAUUCUAUAAGAGGUGCAGGAACUGGAGCAGUAGAACAUUUGAGGUGGCGGUACUCAGUUCCGGUGAGUUCCGGUGAGCUCCUGUCCAGAUCAAUCACUGAUUAUCUGGGAUGACUAGCCACCAGAAAAACUAUUGUGAGGAAGGAUAUGGGCAUCAGUGAACAACGAAUGGUCGCUCUGUGAGUAUAAUGUGUAUUUAUUAUGACUAUCUGGUCCAUAUAUUUAUU